AGUUUGAUGUACAACCGGUCAUUCCAGCGGAAAUUAAAGGACGCAAACUUGGCUAACCGGUUGCACCGGUAGCUCAACCGGUGAAUUAAAGAAUAUACCAGAUGUCGUGGUCAUGGUACUGUUGACCCUUUUGACAGUUCGCAUGUCUGCAUGUCAUUCAAUUGUAAAUUGAUGUAAACCUUGAGAUGAUGAUUCAUAAGUAUUUAAAGUAUUUCUGAAUAAUCGGAAUUCUUUAUUAUUGAUUUGUUAUUGAAAUUCCAGAUAAUAUGGAUAUUACACAUCAAAAAGUGAUCUUAGAGCGCCGGUAGCUGUUUUUUUCCUCUCCUUGCAUUCAAGAUGAUCUGAUUUAAAAAAAAAUACCUAAGGUUGAGGGAUGGCGAAUAAACAGUCAUCAUCUUCAAAUAUGUCGCAGAUUGGUCGAACGCCCUUAAAAAACAAGCUGGAUCCUCAAGAACGCUUAAAACAGUUGAUUGACUACAGCAAUCAAGUUGAUGUAGAUCCCAAUGUAGCUCCUAAGAGGUAUUAUCGUUCAGGCAUAGAAAUGAUCCGUAUGGCCAAUGUCUAUUACAAAGAAGGUAGCCUUGAAAAUGCAUAUGUUCUGUACAUCAAGUUCAUGACCCUAUUCCUGGAGAAGAUCCGGAAACAUCCGGACUUUUUGACAGUGCCUGUAGAAGAAAAAGCAAGAAAUCAAGCAAUGCUGAGGGAUGUGUUACCUAAAGCUGAGACACUAAAACAACAGCUUUUGCAACAAUAUCAAAAUGAAUAUAGGAAGUACCUCAAUGAAAUGAAGCAGCUGAAGCUGGAUCGCAAAAAGAAUGAGGAUGCUGCAAGUGGAGUAGACGAGAAGAGUCCUUCGAAGCAGAAGUCUUCUUCGAUAGUCCCGGUGACUCCAUGCAGGCCCUCUCCAACGGAUCUGCCGGUGGUUAUGCCUGAAGUGUUGGAUGACGUUAGCUACCCAGACCCAGACCUGGCACCACCAAGGCCCUCCGCCCCAUCCCCUCCACUGCCCUCUGUCAUAAGCGAUUCAAGGAUUGUGGGUAUACCAUCCAUAGAUCGCAGUACGAAGCCGUCAACCGACCCCGGCAGAUUCGAUUCUGGCACGUUGCGAACUUAUGUUGUUCCCGGAAAGGUUAUGACAUUAUUCCAGCUUUAGUGGCAUGUUAUACGAACCUUAAGCGUGUUUAGCCGUUACCCCCGACAUAACAAGGCAAAACAACUCAGCUGCGAAAAGGCUGUGACGUCACGCUAAGUAGGCCAGAUCAUAUUCUUACGGCGUUUCGUCAUGCUGGCUGGUAAGAGGGGUGCUGACAUAUCAAGUCGAUGGCGCAGAAUAACACAUUCAAGAAUAUAGAGACAUGCGGGAUUUUAGCGGGGAAACUUGAGCAGAACGAACUCAUUGUCACUCACAUGAUCAUUCCCAAACAACGAGGGACGUCAGACUCGUGUACAACAACUAAUGAAGAAGAGAUAUUUGAUUACCAGGAUCAAUUGUCCCUUAUCACACUUGGCUGGAUCCACACUCAUCCAACCCAAACAGCCUUCCUAUCUUCAGUAGACCUGCAUACUCAUUGUCCAUAUCAGUUGCUCUUACCUGAGGCUGUAGCUGUGGUAUGUGCCCCACGUUAUGGUGAUGCAGGCUUUUUUGCACUCACAGAUUAUGGCUUAAGAUAUAUAGCAUCAUGUCGAAAAACAGGUUUCCAUCCGCAUCCCACCGAGCCACAUCUGUUCGAGAAGGCCGAGCACGUUCGAGUGGAUCAAUCGUCGCCUCUUGAAGUAAUCGACCUUAGGGACAAAUAAAUUGCACUGACGCGGAUUGAGGCAGGCUGAUCAAUAGAUUGGGUCGCCGUAUACCAUUUGAUAGAGUACUUGUCGCUAAAGACAAAAUUGAAAUACUUGAUAUUUAUACCAUUGAUUUCUAAACCAUGUAUCAACUGUAGUUCACGAGAAGAGACUAUAGGUCUGUGAAAAACUAUGAAAAAGAAGUCAUUUUACAUGAAGAAAAAGUUGGCAAACCAUAUGAUGUUUUUCUGGUGGCAUCGAUUUGCUUUUCACUUAAUGAUAUCGUGGAAGAUCUGCUACAACAAAUCCAUGCUGUAAUAGCAAUUUAAAUAGGCACAGCUUUGAUAAUAAUACAUAAACAUAACUGACAAAUAAUUGUAAAUCUACAGAAGUACGGUGAAAUCUCCUUUGCACGGAAACGGGAACGACUGAAAGUGCCUGUUCAAGAGGGGUGUCCGUAUAAAAGAAAUACAACAAAAAUCGUGUUUUCAAUAAAAACGGAAUAUAUUGAAUAAAUUGGGGCAUUUAAAAAGUAUAUGUAUACAAAUGUUUUUAAAAUAAACAAAAAACUUUAAAAUCAAGAAAAAAAAAGGUUUGUUACCUUUAGAUAUGUACAAAGUAUGUACACACAUAUGUAUAAUACAGGGUGUCGUAUCGGGAACUCCAUCCAUAGAUUUCUCGAAAAGUAGGCAUAUAAUAUUUUUGAAAAUUUGGGAGUAUACUAUUGUCGAUGGGGCAACGGCAGCUAAAAUAUUUUCAAGAUGCCGGUUAUACCAGAAGUUGAUGCCAACUUGCUUAUUUUAAAUUGGACAUGCUAUAUGUGAACCCUCGCUUCGUCGGUUACAAUAUACGUGUACAAAGUCCCUAUCACAUGAUAGGAAUGUGUGGCCACUUUGUGGAAACUUGUGCACUAUCUCGUCGAAAUACCCUUUGGCUACCAAGGUAAUAUAAACAGCCAAAAUACCCUGGUUUUUAUUCUGCCCCCCGCAGUUAUCGGACCAUAAAACCAAUUUUCGCUUUGUAGUAUUAAGCUGAGUUGUAACGUAAUCAUACAAACAACUACCGAUUUCGUUACAUCCUCGUUUUCCAGCUGUUUCAUCCCAUAGGUACAUAAAACCUUUUCCUUCAUCUUCAAAAUGUAUUCCCAGAUUAAUACAAGUAAACUGCCGACUAUAGUACAUCUGCGUAUGAGUCAAUGCUGGAAUAUUUAACUGCUUUUGUAAAUCGUAAGACAGCACACAGACAUCAGAAUCAGGACUUUUGCAAUCUUCUAUGUUUUGGGACAUCAUUUUUUGAGCACUUUCUGCUUUACGUUGAUGUAAUUCUCGCUUUAGUUCGAAUUCAUUUUUUUCCACGGGAGUCUUACUAGCAGCUAUAGAAAUUUUGUACUGGUCGCAAGUAGGACAGGUGUCCACUCUUGGGGCUCCAAAGGCUAAACUGAAUUCUUUCUUGAAAAUUUCAUUAAACCAUUGUCGGGAGACUGGGGGCUUUGUUCCAUCAAGCCGAUGUUUUUCAAGAAAAGCAUUAUAUAGUUUACGAACAGUUAACAUCUUCA